GCUCUAUGCGGAACUAUCAUUAAUGUCACACGAAGAUUUAAGUCGUUUAAUGUUUUGGUUAGAUUCUAAUAAUUUAAGUUUGCCAGGACCGGCGGCCCAGAAUGGAGAGUAUAAUCAGGAGCAAGACCAAAAUGAGAAGCUACGAUUGUUAGCUUUGCAAGCAUCGCGAUCAGAUAAUCCCUAUGAAGUUUUAAAAAGCAUUUUGGAUCCCACUUUGGGAAAUCUAUCGAAAUCUAAUGAAAGUAAUGCACAAGCAGGAUCUAGUAGUCAAGUUUAUUAUCAAUCUACACAUUCUCCUACAUACCCAACAGUACCAACCAGUGGGCGUUAUGACGACUACCCACUUAUCCCAUCGGGAGCUAUACCAUCGACUAGUCGUGAUACACCUGCAAAUACAGUUUACAAUUCAUCUCCUUCGACGAAUAUGCCUCCUAUCCAUGAUGACAAAAGGCGGAGGAAUACAUUGGCAUCAGCCAGAUUUAGAGAUAGGAAGAAACAGCGUGAGAAUGCGCUAGAAACUAUCGUCGAGAGACUCAAAUCCCAGUCUGAGAUGCUGGAAGGUGAAGCGAGUAACCUACGGAAGGAGAAUAAUUGGCUAUUGAGUUUGCUAGAAUUGGAUAGCGCUAAGCAAGCAUUACAAAAGCAUAGUAGUGGCAAAGAUUGA